UUAGGACAAUUUCAGGUUUGGAAGCAAGAAUGUCUCACACAGUCUUACCCGUGAACUCUUCAACACUCAUCAUCCAGAUUCAACCACCAACUGGGUCUGUGACAAAUGCUCCUGCGCCUGUUUAUUCUCCUCUUCAUGGACUUCAGGCAUUUCUGAAAGGCCAACCAAAAGCCCUUGGGACUGUCCAGAUAAUGAUUGCUCUGUUAACAUUCCUGCUUGGGAUCGUGUCUACAGUUUAUGCGGAAUCCAUCUUUGUAUUUAGUGGUAUUCCUUACUGGGGAUCGGUCAUCUAUAUUUGUGCAGGUUCACUCUGCAUUGCUGCCGAAAACAAAAUUAAUUCACCCUGCGGUUUGUGUUUGUUGAGAGCUUCACUUGGAAUGAACAUUUUCAGUGCUUUAACUGCAGGCAUUUCCCUUAUUUUAACUUCAUUGGAUUUGGCUCUAGGACCAAUGUACUACAAUUACUGCAAUGAUUAUCGAUGUUUUGGUCUUGAGGCAAGGUAUAAGACUCUCUUCUUGGGAAUCAGUAGUGUAUCACUGAUAUUCGCCUUGCUUCAGUUUAUCCUCUCCAUAUAUCUGUCAGCAUUUGCCUGUAAAGUUUCCUGUUCCUGUUGUCCUCCACAGGUGCCAAAUGUUGCACAAGGUUUACCUCCAGUGCCCUGUGAUUGUAGGGCCUGUCAUUGCCAUGAUCUUAAGAGCCCUGAGAUAUCUGUGAUCAGCAACCCUUCUGUGCAUCACCAUUCUGCAGAAAUUCCUCCACAAUACAGUGAAAGUACAUAAAUAUUAAUAGUGUUUCCUGGGGCUCAGAGGUUUCCCAAAGGUUUCCCGUCACUUGCCUUUCAUAAUUAUUUCAUCAUUACAAGUGAUAAUGAAAGCAAAAAAAAAAAAAAA